AUGGGAAUUACUAUUGGUAUUGCUUUUGUUUUAUCGUUUUGUCUUGUUGGUGCAUUAUACUUUAUAUUCCCAAAACUCAUUAAACAUUGGUUAUUUUGGUAUAUCUUUUCAAUGAUUAUUUUUGUCUUUUCAGUUGGAGGAUUAGUGUAUAAUGUUAUGCACCAACCUUCAUCAUUUGGAUUUGAUAGAAGUCAUAAUAUUAUUUAUUUCAGUCCUGACGCACGAGGUCAAUUUUAUAUGGAAGGUUAUAUUGGAAGUUUCUUAUGUUUGUCAAUUUUUUAUAAUUAUUAA